AUGUCUAAAGACUCAAAGGUAGAUGCUGAUGCAUCUGAGAUACUUGCAUCCCUUUCACUCGGUACAACAACCAAACCCAAAGAGGAAAAAGUACCUGAAAAAGAAAAGGAAUCCGUAAAAGUUGAAGAGCCAAAGAAAGAAACAAAACAGAAAGAAGAAGAAGUAAAACCAGAAACUAAAGAGGAUAAAAAAGAAGACUCAAAGUCAGAAUCCAAAGAGGAGGAUGAUGACGACAAGAGUAAUCUUAUCCAAUCCACAUAUGAAGUCAAAGUCAAAUUGGCUGAUUUACAAGCUGAUCCAAAUUCUCCAUUAUAUUCUGUUAAAUCUUUUGAAGAAUUAGGAUUAUCACAAGAAUUAUUAAAAGGUUUAUACGCCAUGAAAUUCAACAAGCCUUCCAAGAUUCAAGAAAAAGCAUUGCCAUUAUUGAUCUCCAAUCCACCUAAAAAUAUGAUUGGUCAAUCUCAAUCAGGUACUGGUAAAACUGCUGCAUUUUCUUUAACAAUGUUAUCAAGAGUAGAUGAAAAUCUUCCUUUUACUCAAUGUAUAUGUUUAGCACCUACUAGAGAAUUAGCUAGACAAACUUUGGAAGUCGUUUCUACAAUGGGUAAAUAUACUAAAGUUACCACACAAUUGCUUGUUCCUGAUGCAAUUGAAAAAGGAAAACAUACCAAUGCCCACAUUAUUGUUGGUACUCCAGGUAUUGUCAAUGACUUGAUUAGAAGAAAACAACUCAAUAUCUCUAAACUUAAAGUGUUCGUCUUGGAUGAGGCAGAUAAUAUGUUGGAAGCACAAGGUUUGGGAGAUCAAUGUCUUAGAAUAAAGAGAAUUAUACCUAGAGAUUGUCAAUUGGUUUUAUUUUCUGCUACUUUUGCAAAAGAAGUUCGUUCUUAUGCUGAAAAAUUUGUGCCUAAUGCAAACUCUUUGGAAUUGAAACACGAAGAAUUGAAUGUCGAAGGUAUUAAGCAAUUAUACAUGGAUUGUAACUCCGCCAAUCAUAAGUUUGAAGUGUUAUGUGAAUUGUAUGGUUUAUUAACUAUUGGUUCUUCCAUUAUUUUCGUAGAGAGAAAAGAAACUGCCAACCAAUUAUACCAUAAGAUGAAGCAAGAAGGUCAUACUGUUUCUAUUUUACAUGGUGGGUUAGAAACAGCUGAUAGAGAUAGAUUAAUUGAUGAUUUCCGUCAAGGUAGAUCUAAGGUUUUAAUUACUACAAAUGUCUUAGCUAGAGGUAUUGAUAUUGCAUCUGUUUCUAUGGUUGUUAAUUAUGAUUUACCUACCGACAAAGAUGGAAGAGCUGAUCCAUCUACUUACUUACAUAGAAUUGGUAGAACUGGUAGAUUUGGUAGAGUGGGUGUUGCUAUUUCAUUUGUGUGUGAUAAGAGAUCAUUUGAAAUUUUGAAUUCAAUUAAGAAUUACUUUGGAAUUGAAAUGACCAGAGUUCCAACUGAUGAUUGGGAUGAAGUUGAAAAAAUUGUUAAGAAAGUUAUUAAGAGCUAA